UGAAAUAUGGCAGUAUAGUUUCUUUUCCAAAGCGUCCCGCUUAACUAUUGAAUAAAUUGUAUCUCUUGUAUAUUAAUUUAGAAAAGUUGCGGUGUAGAUAAGUAUAGAUUUUUUUUUUUAAAUUAAGAAUGGAUGUGGUUUCAGAGUGCGAGGAAAACGAUGUGGAUGCAUUGCAUAAUGUUUCAUCUGCUGCACCUUCAACACCGAAUUCUAACAGAUCAUCUCCCGCUACUGGUAAUGAUGAGAACAUGUUUCACUUGGACUUAUAUGUCCAAGGUUCUUCGGAAAAUGGUGACCCUCUUUUGUCAGUAGCAGACAGUAAAAAUAUAUCUAAACGAGGUCCAGGACGACCACGGAAGGAUAUACCCCAAUGUAAAGGUAUACUAAAGCGGAAGUCUCCGGGAGAACAAAAUCAGUGCAGUGACCGCGUUGGAAUACCAGCACUAUUGUCGCCUUCUGAAAGCUCCAAUAUUGCAUAUCCUGAUGAGAAGGCCCAAAACGCUUUUGAUGAUAUUUCAAAUAUAUAUAAUUGUCCCGAAAAAAUAUGCUGCUUAUGCAAUCUAGACGAAAAAACUUCUUUGGGACAGGGGGAUUUUUUAAAAUGGGAAGUUGAUCCCGAUAAUUGUGAAAAGGCUCUGCAAUUUUAUGACGAAAAUACAGUCAAAUUUGAUGAAAGCUUAAGGAACAAUUCUGCAGAUCAUGUUGCUUUUCGCCGUAGUAAGAGUAUGUGUAAAGGAAAACUAGUACAGAAUGACUGUUUCAAUGAACUGGACAAAAUCGGACAUUUUGAGAAAACAUCAUUGAAGGCUCUUUUUGAUGUUUCUUAUAUACAUUUACAUCGUAUGUGUCUAAUGUGGUCUCAAGGGGUGUAUGGAAAAACUAAUGAUUUGAAAACGAACAUAGAAAUGAUAAUUGCUAAAAGUCUAACUCAAAAAUGCUCAUUUUGUGGGCAAUAUGGUGCUAGUGUUACAUGUAAAAUGAGUUGUUCAAAAGUGUUCCAUUUACCAUGUGCUGCAGCGUCUGGCAGCUUUCAAAUUAUGGAUAAUUUUACGGUGUUCUGUGUGGAUCACAUUGAACAGGUUACGGUUAUAUGUCCAGAUGCUAACAUCACCUGCCAUAACUGCUCUACCAUGGCUGAGAUAACGAAGAUGGUCAUGUGCUCAACUUGUGGUGAACAUUUUCACACCAAUUGCGUUGGUCUUAUAAAUACCCCAGAAACUCGAGCCGGCUGGAAUUGUUCAAAUUGUCGUAAAUGUCAGAUAUGUAGAGAGGGUGAUGGGACUGAAGGCCGUUUCAUUAAAUGUGAACAAUGCCAACGAUUAUACCAUAACACAUGUUUACGUCCUACAAUUUCGUCUUUGCCCAAAUAUGGGUGGAAGUGUAAUCGGUGCCGAGUUUGCACAGACUGUGGCUCAAGAACUCCAGGUGGCGGGACCUCAUCACGAUGGCAUUGUCACUACACAAUUUGUGAUUCAUGCUAUCAACAACGAAACAAAGGUUUUUCUUGUCCCAUUUGUCAUAAAGCUUAUCGUGCUUCGGCCCAUAAAGAAAUGGUUAAAUGUAGCUUGUGUCACAGGUUUGUACAUAGUACAUGCGACGAAGAGGCCGACCUGAUAGCUUAUCAUAAGAAAAAGGAAAGUAAUCCCGAUUAUGAUUACAUUUGUCCUCAAUGUAAAUUAUUAUCAAAAAAUGAAAAAGCAACAACUAACCAACUUCAUCAAAUUCGUUCCGUAGAAGGAGCCGUAUUUUCUCAAGGUUUAGAGGACAAUUUCAUUAAAGAAAUUGAUUUUGAAAACUUUCAAAAAGAAUCUGGGACUGACUUCAUUGGGUUAGAAUCGCAUUCGUCUAAAAUUUGUCGAAAAAAAAUCUUUUUUCGCGGCCGGGGUGGAAAAUUGAUGGGACACAAAAAUAAUAUUUUAACACAUUUUGGGCGAAAGCGUAAUGUAGUUCGAGGAAAAGGACGUCAACUUUUAUUGAAUCACAUAAAUAUACCGUCAAAUGGCGACAGACCACUUUCUGGAAAUAAAACGUCUGAUGAUGGGUUGUCCAUGGAAAGAAAAAUACUACUAUGUUCUGCCAAGGAUAAAUUUCUUUUGUCACAAGAUUUAUGUGUAAUGUGUGGUUCUGCUGGCAUUGACAUAGAAAGUAAACUCAUUGCUUGUGCACAAUGUGGACAAUGCUAUCAUCCAUACUGUGUAAACACAAAAAUAUCAGAUGUGAUAUUAGAAAAGGGUUGGAGAUGUCUAGAUUGCACUGUAUGUGAAACUUGUGGCCAAAGAAACGAUGAGGCUCGUCUAAUUCUUUGUGACGAAUGUGACUUAUCAUAUCACAUUUACUGUGUAAGUCCUCCUUUAGAAACGGUGCCACAUGGAAAUUGGAAAUGUAAGUGGUGUGCCGCUUGUCAAAAAUGUGGUCGCCAAUCCCCUGGUGCAAAUCAACAGAGACGUAAUACCAAUAACGGAUUAUUGGAAUGUGGGAGAUGUUCGAGUCGAGAGGUGUGCUCUGCUUGUUUUAAGAGCUACAAUGAUGGAGAGCUUAUUAUUCAGUGCAAAAAUUGUGAACGUUGGCUUCAUUGUCGCUGUGACUCAAUAAAUACAGAGGAAGAAGCUCAAAUAUGUGAUAACGUUGAAUAUCAUUGCAUUUUAUGUCGACCCAAAGACAAAUCUUUAGCUCAGUUUUUAUCUUCAAAAACUUUAUUUAUCAAUAAAACGAUGCCUUCAUUAACAGAAUGUAGUAGUAAGCAAAAUAACGAUGCAGAAGCUACAUUUUGGGUAGAUGGCGUUAGCAUGAGCGAAAGAGGAGCAAAUAUGAUUAAGGCGCUUUCAUCUGAUAUUAAGAAAAAACGAAAAAUGCGUGCUACCAAUGAAUCCCAAAAUAAAGAGUCGGGGAUACUUGCAGCUAUUGAGUCCGUUGUUGCUGGUUCAAAUUCGAAUGUCCCUUCAGAAGAAUUUUUGGAAACGGAAUCAAUGAAAAAAAAGGAUAUCGAUCAGUAUAAAGACGGAAUGGUAUGGUUGGGUGCCGAUAAUAGUCCACCAGAAGGGUUUUCUAUUUCAACAAAUGAUGAUGGCAUCGCUAUAUUAAGAAAAAAGCGCCAAAGAAAUUUACAAAAAAUUGGUAUUGGUGGUUUUAGUGUGCGGAAUCGUACUGUAAAAAAAGACGAAUCAUCACUUAAUUCGAACAACUGCAGCUCUAUGGAUCCUGAAAAACGAAAGAAAGCUGUGCGGAAAAAAGUCAAAAGUCGUUUAAGUGAAUCUUAUCCAGCCUAUUUGCAGGAAGCCUUCUUUGGCAAACCGCUAUUAGAAUCGAUGGUAAAAAAUCAAUUAGCUUGUGAGGAUUCUGACAUAUCUGAUGAGCUGGUUGAUCUUAACGAAGCUAUUUUUCAUGAAGAAGCACUUAAUCCAUCCCCCAAAACUCCAACGGCUUUAACUAUCACUAACGAUGACCAAACCAAUAUCAGCACAAAAGAAAAUUGCAAUAAAAUUUUAAAUGUGAAUAAAACGAUAUCUAUUGAUAAUGAUAACGAAAUUAACGUGUAUAACUCGAUCACAGUACAAGAAACUUCGAGUAACAGCAAAUUAAGCACAUCUCAAUUUGAUACAAAUAAUACUGGCAAUAAAACCGAGGACAAAUUAAGGGAUUCAAGUUUUUCAAAUACUCCAAUGACAGGAGCUUUCCCGGCGGAUAUUUCAAAUGAAUCAUGUACAUCUAUUACUAAUUCUAAUGGUAAAGGCCAAAUCCUUGCGGCUACGGAUGACCAUGGAGUAAAUCGCACUCACUCUGAGUCCCUACAAUCGGCAGAUUUUAGGACAAUUGUACUUCCCAAGGAAAUAGGGGAUGUCAAUUUAUUGACUCGUAAUAAUAACGAAAAUGGGACAAAUACACCUUUUGUUUCACAACAACCUGAUUUGAAAGAAAGCCAAGAACAAACAUCACAAAUACAAAUGGUUCCGAUUAAUGUUCCUAUUCACAAUUCGACACAUAUAAUCGAUGGUGCUGUCUCUGAUAAUAUGGUGAUUCCACAUAGUCAAUAUUCUCAACAACUGCAAAAACCACAAAUUAAAUCUGCCCCACAACAAACAGAUUCGGCUGGCACACAAAAAACUGCUGAAAAGAUGAGACGAGAUGAAGAUCUGGGAGAAAUGGCAACAAUAUCAGCAGUACUUUAUGCAAAUACUCGGCAUCCUGAGUUAAAACAGAUUUAUCCCAACUGGAAUGAUCGCUGUAAGCAGAUUCUUAAAAGAUGGAGGUCUCUUUCUAAUGAGAAGAAAGCUCCAUUUUUACAGCAAGCGAAAGAUAACAGAUCCGCUCUCAGAAUGCGUAGGUCGCAACAGGAUCAAGAAAGGAUAUGUUUUAAUCAAAAGUCACUUAAAGAGCAAGAACAAGAGCGUAUAUGGAAACAGCAUCAGGCAAAAGCUAAAGAAUCACAUAACAACUUGACUUAUAGAGGGCAUGCAUAUGAUUUGAACGGAGCAUAUGAAAUGGUUUCGAUUGAUAAACGAGAAGUUGUACAUAACGGAGAUGUCUUACAAAAAAGAACUCAACAACAACCUAGUCAGAAAGAACAAAACGCUAUAGACAAUCCCGCCGAAAACAAACACCUAAGAACAUUACUUCUAAAGGAGCAACAAUUAAGAACGACAACUACAGAUCCUUGGAUUUCAAAUCCAGUUUCCAUGGAUUCUCCCAAUAGUUUUUACCAGCAUUCCUUAACAAAUGAACUGCUACCCAGGUCAAGUAAGCCUGCUUUAUUCACAAAUAUUGGAAACAAGCACGGUUGGGUUGAAGAAUCGAAAACUAGCCAACCCUUAGAAUCUGUUCAGUUAGAACAACAAACUGUUUGCAAUGAGAAUAAACAAGUUUCUAAAGGUCGCAAAGACAUGAAGGCCUCCGAUAGUGGAGAUUCUGAGCUGGAAAAAAUGGAUGCUGAUGAAAAUGGAGCAUUUGGAGAUAUUUUAGGUGGCUUGGGUGACGGAAAUGACGAUGAUCUCUUAAAAUCUUUAACAGCAGAAAUUGGGGACGACUUCAAUAUAUUGGCAUAUGCGGAUCCAGCCUUAGACGAAUUAGCUUCAAAUCCAAACUUAUUAAACAAAUUAGAUUUCGAAUGAAUAUUUUUUUGUUUUGUAAAGUAAAUAAGAUACUUUGCAAUUUGGAUGAGCCCAAUCAGUAAUUCUAACAAUUAGUAUUAAUUUUUAGCACUGCAUGUAUAUUUUGUUAUUUGUAAAUAAAAAAUAAAUAAAUGUGAGUGUUAUCUGAUGAAAAUAUUUAUAAUCUUGCCGGCUGUCAUAUUUGAAACCAUUAAGAAAGCUCUCUUACAAAGUUCUAAGUAUCACAGAACACCAAAAUGAAAUUGAUAAAAUUCAAACAAGCAUAUUGCAAAUCA